AUGGAAAUAAUCGCGCCGGCUACUGUCGAAGGCCACUACAAUUUAUGGCACAACAACGUGUUCAAGGGCCAUGUCACUAAUAAUUUCUUUGGCACCAAAGAAAUUCGGAAUUAUCUCAAUCCUAUACGGGUAGGCAUACGGUUCAAGGACAUCUCAGUCAAAGACGUGUCUAGCUGGCUCGACCGCAACGAGACCUUCUCCAGCUGGAGCAGCUGCGUUCCUGAUACCGUCGGCAGCGCCCUUUUAACACUCAAAGGCAAACCUGGAGUUGGCAAGUCCGUCUUGAUGAAGGUCGCAGUAGAAGCCGCCAAAACACCUCAAGAAAACAAGGUCCCCGUCACGGUACUGAAAUAUUUCUUCAACAACUCGCCCGAGAAUCCGGCCGAUGACCAAGAAUGGAGGAGAACCAGCAAUUCAUUGUUCGCAUCCCUGCUGGGCCAGCUUCUUCAUUCAUCCCUAGUGUCGGAUAAACUGCUAAAGGAUUUGAAGCGAUGGGACCAAGCGACCGACGAGCAGCGCAAAGAGGACUUUUUUGCAAGCAGCCAUCUGCAAGAGAUGAUCAAAAGUAUCAUUCUCAACAAUGGGGAUGCUGCCAAGCCGGAUCCUAUGCGGUUCUGUAUUUUUAUCGAUGCUGUAAACGAAUGUUCGGAUACAGGUUCCCAAGAUUCCGGCUUGAAAACAGUCCUAAGAUUCAUCCGGAACCUGCUCGACGCUGCACUGGCGGCAAGAGUCGACCUCCGUGUGUGCAUCUCCCGCAGACAUCUUCCACACAUUGGCCAAGACGAGCCACCGACGCGGGAGAUUGACAUUGACAGCCACACGACGGAGCUGGUCAGAGAUUUUCUGUGGAGGAAGCUGGACAUCGCGCGCGGGGACAACGCAGAAACGGAAUACAAGAUGCGAAUGUUUCACUUUCGAUGGUUCGACCAGUGCGGAAACGGCUUCGGCUGGGCCUCGAGCGCCGUCGAGAGUUUUCUGGCCGUCUUGAACGACGGGACGCUGAAUUCUGCGACGUGGCAGGCGGUGUUUGAGCAGCACCAAAGGGGCGAUGUGUCGUCGCUGAGUUUCCACCACACGUACCGAAGGAUCCUGCUGGAUAUCGACUCGGCCGAGAGUGGAAAGGCGGCCGAGGCCGUCAAUCUCAUCCAGCUAGUCCUUGCAGCAUGCAGAAGCCUGACCACCGAUGAGCUGGGUCACGUACUAGAGUAUAUGGACGGCGUUGGCAAAGGGAACAAAACCAUCAAGCUCAGCACCGAGGCCAUGAGAAAAUAUCUACGCCAUCAGUCCUACGGCAUCAUCGGGACAAUGGUAAAAGAAACCCUCUCGGGCGAGUUUUUCCAAGAGCAAGAGCUCCUUGAUCCCAAGGGUCCCAGCCAUGAACAAGUGCAAUUCAUUCACUCCACCGUCAACUCGUUCCUCCUCGGCGACCAAGGCCUCAUGUCACUGCGCACCGGCCUCGCCAGAUCGGAAGUCGACUGCCACUGGACAAUGUUUACGCACUGCACACGAGCACUGGAGGACUGCGAAUUCGAGGCCGUCAGCGUCGGAGAAGCCAGCUUCCUCAACUACGCGGGUGAAUUCUGGGCCUACCACGCCCAGGCGGCAGACGGCAUGUUUGCCCCGCACGGCAAGCCGCCCGCGUUUUUCCUGCGCAGGUGCAGCGCAAAAAAGACAUCGCAGGUCCUCAAGCUCCUCAUGCACCGGCUCAAGGUCGCCGCAGAGUCGGGCUCGUCUGUGCUGGCGUCGGCCAUCAAGGGCGGGCGCCUCGAGGAGCACGGUGACGAUUUACUGGUCGUGCUGGCUGCGUUUGGCUGCACGGGGUUGCUCAGGCAACAUUUGGCGACCUGCAACGGUUGUAGGACUGCUUGUGUGGAGAAGAAAGAGAAGCUGUAUGCUGCCGUGUCCUGGGCUCUCAUGGGUACCUGGGUAUCGACGGCGCAGUAUUUGAUCGAGGAGUAUUUCCAAGAGGGAGACAUCGACAGAGCAUAUGCCGGCAAGACGCUGCUGUACAUGGCCUGCAACUAUAUAAGAACAAAACCCGAAGAAAUCGUCAAGUUCCUUCUCGACAAGGGCGCAGACUCAGCGGCACUCUCGCCCUGCAUGACCUACGAGUAUCCUCUGCACCUGGCCAUCGGCACCGGCGGCAAGAUGUGGCUCGUGGAGCUGCUCCUCCGCCAAGGCGACGACAAGGCGCACCAGCUCCUGAGACAGCGGCGAGAUCACGAGGGCGACUGCAAAGGCUGGACGGCGCUGCACACGGCAGUCGGCAACCCCCGCGUGGCCUGCAGGGUGCGGAGGAAGAAGCUUCAGGCCAUUCUGGACGCCGCCCCGUCGUCUGGGCUUUCGGACCUGCUCGAGCUGAGGGAUUGCAAUGGGAAUACGCCUGGUGAGCUGGCCAAGAUGGUCUGUGAGGCGGCUGGGGAGGAUCCGAGUGACCUGCUGGACAUUUUGGACAAGUUUGACAAUGGGAGGCAGCCUGAAAAGAUGGCGGUGGCGGUGGUGGAGGGAGGAAAGGGCGGGCUGUGGAGUGGCCUGCUGUCUUAUUUGCCGAGAGGGAGGGGUUGAAGGGAUACGCUAGGAAGGUGCAGUUCUGAGCAGUCGCUCUACGGGAGUUUUAGUUUUUCAUUGUUUCUGUCGGCAAUAUACCCCCAAUCCAUGUAGAACCUCAUAAUGAAAGUCGG